AUGUACUCGUCCACCACGUCGCCCUGUAAAGCUCCUUUCAUUCAACAAGACAUUGCUUUUGUCGUGGAAAUUUCAACCUCCACUGGCAAUCUCGACGCAUCCCAUGCUGCUUCAAACUUUGUUGCGAACUACCUCAUCAAACAAAAAGUUUUCAAUGAUGUUUACUCAAACUUUGCUAUUGUGCCCUUCCCCAAUGCCUCGUCGUAUACACCUGGCGGAGGAAUUCAAGACUUUGGUCAAUUGCUGGUAGAAGACUUCGUGCCUGCUUUCCAGAUGAUAUUUGCCGUCUAUCCUAUCACGAAUGGUGCUGUUUCUGAUAUUGAAAGUGAUGAUGGGGUAGAGGCAGCUCUCGAGAUUUCUUCAGAGUUGAAAGCACAGGCUGUCAAUAUACUAACUGUCAGCAUGAGUGACACGGAUGACAUCAAUCUGCAACCUCUUAGUUCAGCUCCUGGUUAUAAUUGGAAUUUGCCAGUUUCCGAAGCAUCAUCAUAUCUGUCAAUGGCUGAGCUCUCUGUCGUCAUGACGUCUACUGCCCCUGUCGCUGCUGCUGCUGCUGCUGCUCCUACUGCUGCUGCUCCUGCUGAUUCAUCUCAGCAAAACAGCUUCAAUCCAUCAUGGAUGCGUUCCACAUUCAAUGGUGGAGGGACUGCUGCCGCACCUGUUCGCUCUCCUAAGACGGACUAUCCUGUCGCUGCUCCGAUAUUUGUGAAGAAUCGCUAUGGCCGUGAAGAUAUGUUAGCCCUCAUGGGAGAAGGCGCCGGUCAUCCACCUCCUGAAGGCCUUCAGAAUUGCCCAUUUUAUGUUGAAGAAGCUCUUCCACCCAUAGUCUGCUAUCCGCUAUCGGACCUGGAACAGCGCCUUCAACAAAAUAUUAAUUCGUCCAAAGCGAUGUCGUCACUUUCACACGCAGAACGUGCUAGUGUGGCUACUGGUGCGGCCUACGGUGGAGGUGGAAAUGAUAGUAAUGCUGGGCACAAAGGUGCUGGAGGCUGGACUCCAGUAAAGCAGUGGGGUCGUAACCAUCCAAAUGCCGCUGCACCUGUGAAAGGAGGCCCAUCACGAGCAUAUGUACCACCAUGUCGAAAUGGUGCUCGAGGAGACAGCACUAGCAACAGUCAAGAACCGCAAUUAACACCUUUUGGGCAAAGAUUUGCAAAUCGAGGUCGUGGUGGUUCCCAAGCAUCCACACGUGGAGGAGGCGUAACCGGUGCAGCAUUCAAUUCUCGGGCUCAGGGUUUGUAUGACCCUCGCGAUCCAAAAGAUCGCCCACGAAAUCGCAUACGCUCUACAAGCGACGAAGGAGAUGCGACAGGAGAAGGAGGAUGGACAACUGCUAGCGUCGGCAAGCAUGGCUGGACUCAAAACAAGGAUGGAGGACAGCAAAAUGCAUGGACUGGCGGGCAAGGAGUACAUGGCACAUCGGCUAAUGAUGUGGAAGAAUCACGCAGGAAAAGCGAGAGUGGGCCUUUACCUGAAUGGAUGGAAGAUGGAGAAGAUCAAGAUAAAGAGUCUCAUCAUGUUCCUGCUGAAUCAACGCAACCAAGAAAAGUGCCUGAUGUCACUCAAAACAAACAUGAAAGGCAACUGUCAAGCAAUUCUGAAAAUCAAAGCGUCGAGAAAGGACCUGCAGUUACCCAGGCGCCGCGUGAUUCUCAUCCUUCAUCGACGAACGUAAUAAAUGCUGAUGCCGACAGUUCGCGAAGUUACUCAUCAUUGCGACCGCAAGGUGAACCAGCUGGAUACCACCCUUCUGUGCCUUCACAAAAUCCCGUGGUUGUUCCUGGACCUGUACCUGCUGCUCCCCCGUCAAUGAUUCAUCCACCAGUUCCCCAAUUUUAUUACUUGGAUCCAACGAAACAGGAGCGCGGUCCUUUUGAAAAGCUUCAAAUGGAGAGUUGGUAUAAACGUGGAUUCUUCACGGAAGGAUUGGAAGUGCGGCGUAGUACUGAAACAAAAUACAGAACUUUAGGAGAACUAAUGCAAAUGAACGGGCGAAUGACACCAUUUGACUACAAAGACGAUGUAACUACUCAUCCACCCGUAACAGCGUUUUCGAAUUCAACGCAACAGUACGCAAACCUCUUCGCAAGUGGAGGGAUGUGGAGUGACUUGGCUGCUCCUACCAAUAUGAUGUAUAAUCAGGCUGCUUAUGAUCCCAUUGCUGCUGAAAGAAAGCGAAUCGAGGAGGAACAACGACGGAUAUUAGAGGAGCAAGCAAAGAUGAGAGAAUAUCAAGAACAGAUGGUUAGAGAAUUGCAAAAACAGAGGGAAGAACAUGAAAAACAGUUGAUGGAGCAAAGACUUGCGCUCCUCAAACAUCAGGAGGAGAUCGAACGACGAGAACGUGAGCUAAAGGAGACAGCCGAAGAAACGAAAGCUCGACUAGAAAUGGAACGGCUUGCGCUCGCUGAAAAAGCUCGUCAAAUCGAAGAGGAGCGUGCAGCUAAACUUAAGGAGGAAGCUCGAAAGGAGGAAGAAAGGCGAGCCGAAGAAGCACAGCGGAAACGUAUGGAAGAAGAAUUUGAGAGACAACGGAUUGAAAGAGAACAACUCAAGAAACAACAAGAGGCUGAGCGAGAAAGACGUGCUAAAGAGGCUGCCGAAGAAGAAGCUCGACGUGCUCGGGAAGCAGCGGAAGCUGCUGCCCUUGAGAAGGCGCGUCUUCAACAGCAAGCAGAAAACCAGCGAAAGCAGAAAGCCGCCGAAGAAAAUCGUAAAAACGUCGCAGCUCAAGAAAAGGCCGAAAAGGAAAGGCGUCAAGAGCCCGCAAAAAGCUUUGAGAUUGAAGAAGUUUGGCAGGCUGCUCCAAAGCCGUCUUCGCAACAUGCUGGAGAGAGUGGAGUGAAGAAGACCACCACUACUAAAGUUGCGCCAUGGGUAGCUGCAUCAGCUGUACAACCAGUGAAAGAGAAGACUUUGAAGGAGAUUCAGGAGGAAGAAGAGCGGCAGUUGCGUGCGGAGCAGGCACAGCAAGCACGUUUGAGAAAAGAGCACGAGACAAUUAACCUACAAGCAAGUGCUACGUGGUCAAACGCAUCGCAGCGCCUUCAGUGGAAUCAGCCGGCUCAGCAAACUCCUGCCGCUAAGACAGCGACCGUCGUUAAACCUGCUUGGGGUGGAGCAGGUGUAGAGCCACCAAAGGCAACAUCUUCUCCAUUCUGGGACAGUCCACCACUACAGACAGCUAAUAAACCUGCAAAUAAUUCGGCGAAGAAGGCGGAAAAAGGUUCUAACGCAAAGUCAUCCGCUUCUAAGGGCGGCGCUAAUGCUCUGGCUAACGAAAAGGCUGCCAAGCGUGCUCUCGGUCUAGGCGAAGACAACAGCGUCUUUUUGGAAUGGGUGGUUCAGCGAUUAAAAGAGCUCAAUUCGACUGUUGAAGCAGAUGUGCUCGCCAUGUUCAUUGAAGGUGUCGAGAAUCCCGACGAGGUGGAAGACUAUGUGAUGGGAUACCUGGGAGAUUCGAAGGCAGUCAAAGAAUUUGUUAGAGAAUUUCUACUAAAAAGGAGCGAUUUUCGAAAUCGUAAACAAAACGCGGUAAAGAAUGAUCUCUCGAGUGCUCGUGGAGCUCCAGAAUCGGGUAAUGGAGCAGGAUUUUCGGCAGUACAGGGGAAAAAGAAGAAAAAUAAGGGCGCCCGGCUUGUUGUUGAUGGCUCAUGUUUGGGUUUCCGUGCGACCUCAGAUCCAAAUCGGGUCAACCAAGGAGAGAUUGAGACUGUAACACUUUCUUCUGGACAAAAGAGAUAG